GGACAGUAGUUGUAGACGCCCGCCCCUGCCUCAGAGAAGCUUCCUGGUUGUUGCACAGUCUUACCAUUUGGGGAAAGUCCAUGCUAGAAAACUGAAGCAAUUAAUGGGGGAAUAUGAUCAGAUUUCUUCACCAAGUUCCCAGCCUUAUAAAGAGAACCCCUUGUUGUCAACCUAAUGAAGCAUUCAAAGAAGACAUAUGACUCUUUUCAAGAUGAACUUGAAGAUUAUAUCAAAGUGCAGAAAGCCAGAGGCGUAGAGCCAAAGACUUGUUUCAGAAAGAUGAGAGAGGACUGUUUGGAAACUUGUGGGUACAAAGAAGAGGUUGAUUACAGACCGAGGCAUAGAAUGUUUGAUCACAGACUCUUAUCUGAGACUGUCCAGACCUACCCGAGAUCAUGCUCUAUUUCACUAAAGGUGGAAAACUGGUUACCUCAGUGGCUACCAGCUCAUGACAGCAGGCUAAGACUAGACUCUCUGAGCUACUGCCAGUUCACCAGGGACUGUUUCUCAGAAAAACCAGGACCCCUGAACCUUAGUCAGCAAGGGUAUAACCGUCGCCCAUACAGUGUGGAAUCUGGAGUUUACAAGCGUCUCUCCUCAGAAAACAGUGCCAGCCAUAAACAGAUACAUCAGCAGGGGAAAAGGCACCCAGAGGAAGCCAGAGAAAAAGCAGAGGAGGAGCGGCCCAAGCAUAAGAGGAAAAAAGGUUGUGAGGAAAUAGAUUUAGACAAACACAAGAACUUGCAAAGAAAUGAAACACAAAUGGAAACAGUCAGGGUCAGUACAGAAAAGCUUAAGAAUCGAAAGGAGAAAAAAGGCUGAGAUGUGGCCUCUAAGAAAGAGGAAUGUAAGCAUAGA